AUGAAGUUCACCGCUUUGGCUGCACUCACCGUACUCGUGAUUGUUGACGCCUCCGCUGCCGGCACCUCCGGCACUGACGGCUCCGACUGCUCCGUGAUUUAUUGUGCCAAUGAGUCAAAUCUCGUGUGUGGAAGUAACGGCAUCACCUACUUAAAUCCCUGCGAGUUCGACAAAGCCAAAUGCAGAGACUCGGGUUUGAAAGUGGCGUACAACGGCAGGUGCCGUCGAAGCUAG